AUGACAAGCGCUGCCGAUGAAAACUCGGAAAGAGCACCUCUGCUCCACUCAAGCUCUUCCACUUUGCACGAAGAAAGCGACGACGCACCGAAAGGCACGGCACAACACACGAUCUCAAACACCAGAGGCGCCUUGAUAUGCUUGAGCAUAUGGGUGCUCAUUUUCGUCUUGACAUGCAACAUAUCGCUCUUGACGACGGUGCAAGGCACCAUCGCUACUGCCCUUGAUGCUUUCGACUCUGUGAGCUGGUUCACCUCGACGUACCUCAUCGCUCUGACCAGCCUAAUUCCGGUAGCUGGCCGAUUCUGCAUCAUCUUCACGCCUAGAUAUUAUCUCUUCGCUUCCGUUCUGGUCGUUGCAGUUGGCCUGCUCAUCACAUCCCAAGCUGGGAGCUUGGCAAUAUUUCUGGUCGGACGAGCUCUCACAGGCAUCGGUGCUGCAGCCUUCACGCCUGUCGCUCUCAUCCUGGUCGCGGAUCUGACCAGCACGCGUCGGCGAGGUCUCUUCUUCGGUCUCAUCAAUGUCUGCUACACGACCGGGGUCUCAUUAGGCGCCGUGCUCGCCGGUGCUCUGGAGCCUGCACUUGGGUGGCGAGCUGUUUUCUGGCUGCAAAUUCCAUUGGUUUUGGUUGGUGGCCUCCUCGCUCUAGCAACUCUGCCUGAGCCUAGCGAGGGCCGACAACAGCCCGAUUCUGACGAUGAGUCAUUCCUACACAAGCUGUCACGAAUCGACUAUCUUGGUAUCCUGAGCCUGAUCUCUGCGGUAACCCUGCUUCUAUAUGGCUUGUCAGCGUCCAGAAUCCAUGCCACGCCUAUCAUCCUUGCGGUUGCAGGCUUCAUGCUGUUCGUGUUUGUCGAGGCGAAAUGGGCGAUCGACCUAUCAUACCUCCUAGCGUCAUGA